AUGGCUUCUUCCACAAAAUUACACCCGACCACAUUGGUUACUAACAUUAAAACUUGUGUUCCCAUUCAACUUGAUGAUGAAGGCACAACUACUUGGGUAACUCUCUUUAAGCUUUAUUUUCGGGCUCAUCUUAUGGAUACACAUAUUCUUCCUGAUGACUCUACUAAAGCGUCGGUUUCUAAGGACUCCGAAUGGCAAUGUCUUGAUGAUAUUGUCCGCACGUGGAUUUAUGAUACUAUUAGUCCUUCUCUUCUUAAAUCGAUUGUCCGUCCCGAUGAUAGUGCUUUUGAUGCUUGGACUCGCAUUGAAAAUAAUUUUCAAAACAACAAAACUUCCCAUAUUCUUCUUUUUGAGUCCAAAUUCAAUGAUAUUUCCCUUGCUAACUUCCCGAAUGUGAAGGCUUAUUGUAUUGAACUUGAGAAUCUUGCUACUUCUCUUAACAAUCUUGGCACUUCCAUUUCCGACAAUCGGUUGGCUCUUUAA